GUUGGGCUGGUCCAGGGUCCAUGCGCCUUUCGUGCCGUUUGUCCUCGUUGCUUUCCGUACAGGCUGGAUGCUAAUCACAUGACCAAGCACGGCUACCGCUGCUGCUGUUGUCAAAAUGAACCCAAACUGUCACUAGCACAAGCUUUGGUGCGUACAUUUUUUUCUCGGCCUGAUGGCGCUGGCGUGGGGUGAACUACGCACCCUGUGACAUGUCCAUCAAAGCAGGAAGCUCGCGUCUCGCAUCUCUUCCUAAGCGUCGCAGCCCACUGCUGUCAUGGCCUCCAGCUACCCACCACCCUUUGAGGGCACAGGUGAAGUGAAGGAGGGCUUUCUCUGCCCCCUGUGCCUGAAGGACCUUCAGUCAUUCUACCAACUCCAAGACCACUAUGAAGAGGAGCACUCUGGGGACGACCGCCAUGUUAGAGGACAGCUCAAAAGUUUGGUUCAGAAGGCAAAGAAGGCCAAAGACAAGCUGUUGAAGAGGGAUGGAGAGGACAGACCAGACACUGGCAGUUAUGAGUCCUUCUACUAUGGAGGAGUGGACCCAUACAUGUGGGAGCCUCAGGAGCUGGGGAGAACGAGAAGUCACCUGGACCUGUUUAAAAAACACAGAGCGGCCAGGAUAGAUCACUAUGUCAUUGAGGUCAACAAGCUCAUCAUCAGACUAGAGAAGUUGACUUCAUUUGACAGGACCAACUCGGACGCUGGCAAAAUCAGAGCUAUUGAAAAAUCUGUAGUGUCAUGGGUGAACGACUCAGACGUCCCGUUCUGUCCCGACUGUGGCAACAAGUUCAACAUCCGGAACAGACGGCACCACUGUCGCCUGUGUGGAUCCAUCAUGUGUAGGAAGUGCAUGGAGUUCGUCCCCUUACCUUUAGCACGUAUGUAUGAACACAGCUUAUUUAAAAAACCUGCUGUAUGUUGCAGAAGUUGUUGUACAUGUCAUUGGUGUGGGACGUUUGCCUUUUGUGUGCUCCCAGAAAAGCUGAUAAAUGGGACACGCGAGGCCCUGUGUGUACCUGGAAGCCCCAGUCAGUCCACCUCUCCUCCAGCAGUAGGUGGCAGCAGUGGGACGAUGUCCAGGAGAGGCAGCAUCACCAGCCUGAGCAGUGUGACCUCCAUGCUGGAGGAAAAGGACGACGAGAAGAUCCGCUGCUGCCACCACUGCAUGGACACACUGCUGAAGAGACAGGAGAAGCUGGAGGAGAAAGACCAUGUCCCUGAUGUAGUGAAACUUUAUGAGAGGCUGAGGAUGUGCAUGCAGAAGGUGGAUGAGAAAGCUCCAGAAUACAUCAGAAUGGCCGAGUCUCUUAACGCUGGAGAAACCACAUACAACCUUGACACUGCUGGUGGUCUGAGACUGGAAGUACAGAAGUACUAUGAACUCAUUGAUGCUCUCAGUAAGAGGAUUUUAACUCUGGGAGUCAAAGAUGACCCACAACCACAUCCAAAGGCCCUUCAGCUGCAGAGGAUGGUUCGCUAUACAGCAACUCUAUUUGUCCAAGAGAAGCUCUUGGGUCUCAUGUCUUUACCCACCAAGGAGAAAUAUGAAGAGCUGAAAGAACAAAGGAAGCAGGAGCAAGAGAAGAGACUCCAACAAGAAAGACUGGCAUCCCAGGAGGCCCUGAAGAGGAGGCAGGAGUCUGAGAGAAACCGUCCGCCUGUCAGCACCAACGGAGAGGUGCCGCAGGCGCCCAGAGCACCACGUAUGACCAAAGCCGGGGGCUGGUUGCCCACUGCUGACUCUACUUCUGUACGCAGCGAACUGGAGGACCCCCUCCUGCAGCAGAUUGAGAACAUCCAGUCAUUCCUUCGUCAGGCGCGCGAGGCCCAGAGAGCAGACGAGGUGGCCAUGUUGGAGGAGAACCUGCGCCAGCUGCAGGACGAGUACGACCAGCAGCAGACCAGCAUAGCCAUUGCUCUCUCCCAGAAGCUGGCUGAGGAGGAGGACCUGCAGCAGGGUGAGAUCCAGCGCCUGGAGGCCCGCGAAAGGGAGGAGAGGGAGCGCUUGGGCCACCCUGUGAUACUGACCCCGCCUUCCUUCACAUGGGAGAGGUCUCUGCGCAUCAACACCACCGGCUUCCAGGGAGAAGAUGACACUGAGACAGAAGAGCUGACUCCUAAAGCUGAGAAGAGCCCGUCUUCUGUAAGAGCCUUUCCUGCUCUCGCAACUCAGGAGGAGUCACCGCCACGGUUGAGGAGCUUAGGGGGUCACGUAACUCCCCCUGGUGUUGAUGGACAGAGUAGCACCUCCCUCAACCCUUUUGAUGAGGAGGAGACCACUCCCCUGGAGGAGGAUCCUUCCAAUCCUUUUUCUGAAGACAUUAAAGGAGAAAACAAAGUAGCAGCCAAUGGGAAGAAAGAAUACAACCCCUUUGAUGAAGACGAGGAUGUGGAGGAAGAUAAACAGGCUGAGACUGUACCUGGCAACCCCUUUGAGGAGGAGGAGGAGGCUGAUGCAGGCAACCCCUUCACGGAAGCGUCUGGGAAUUCUCUAGGUGCGUCGACCAACCCCUUCGAAGGGGACAACGAUGAGAACUUGCCCGAUUUGGACAUGAUAGAGGAAGAGCUGCUGCUGCAGCAGAUCAACAACAUCAGGGCGUACAUUUUUGAUGCCAAGCACAGCGGCCGUCUUGACGAGGUUGAGCUCCUGUCUCAGAACUUGAAAGAGCUACAACAAACCCUACAAGACCAAAAGCAAAAGAAGCACUAGCAAGUAAACCAAAUCCUGCAAGGCUAGCUCACUAAGACUGAUGAGCCCACAGGUUCUGAUCGGGGCGAGGUCUGCUGCACCACAUAAAGCAACAACUUGGUUCCAUAAUUAAACAUGUAGAGGAGCUCAGUUUGGACAAACCUAACCUAAAACACAUCACUAAACCUCUUGUCCUGUGUAGGGUUGAAAGGGCUGGAGCGUAUGCCAGCAUGCACAAUUACGAAGCACUGCAAGUAAAACUCUGUACAGGAACAGGAGGCGUCGCUGUAGAAUAAGAAUACUACUUAAACAUUCUGAUGCAAUGGUCAGAUGGGUCUUUGAGCCGCAGGAUGCGUGGAAGGAAGGAAUAUCAGCUACAUCACUAAUUUGUUUACUCUCAUUGUAGAUGUGUUGGGGAAGUGAAAGGCAGAUUACACAGUAAAGUCGUGUUGCUGGUCAUUUACAGUAAUGCAGAGGCAAAGCUUAAACUCGUUUUAACCACGUCGCUGAAAGGUCUGCACAAUAAUCAGUGAUCGAUUUGAGCAAACAUGUUACUAUUGUAAAGCUGCAGUGAGUCAGAGGCCUCCUGUUUUCUACUGUGUGACCCCUGUGGUUUGUGGUCUUCGUUGGAUCAGUGGCUCCACUGUAAACACUAAGCACUUGGGUUGUGUGUCUGUGUGUUGUUGUGCUGUGUGACGCUGGCCCUUCCAUCCGUCUAGUGACUGUUCUCUAAGCAUGUUAUGUGUUCAGACGCGUCCUCACAGUGCAUCCGAGCAGCUCACCCAGCGUAAUAAUGUACAGAACCGAGACCCGGCUUGUACAGAAAUUGUUUAUGUUUUAGAUCUACUAACCCUUAGGUCAAAGCAUCGAUUCAGACAUAUUUACACUACGUGAAUACCAGCAAGUAUUAUCAGUCACUGUGCUGCUCAGUCUGUCGUAACAAACUUCAGUCUAGUGCUCGUCAGUCACAAUGUCCACAUUUCAGAGGGGGGGAGUCAUUAGUGUUGUUGGUUGAUCUCACACAGUAACAUCUACAGACGUUCAAGCAAAACAUGUGACACUAAAUGUUUUGUGACUGAGAAUUUAAAGGGGUUCCCUAUCUCUGCAGGUGAAGUCAUGAGUUAAACCACUGCACAGUAUAAGACUAAUUGCAAAUUAAAGCUAAGACACAAAUUUAUUAACAUUAUAAAAAUCGUCCGACUCAGCAUCAAUAAAAACAAGUGUUUACAAUACGA